GGAUACUACGGAAGAAGGGACCGCUCGAAACUACAUCCUGAGCCAACUGAGGGAUGUCUGGGAAGCUGCAAAUCCAAAAGCGGAGAUGCCUAGUGUCAUGUCAUCAGCUCGAACCGUUGAUCCUAGCACACUGAACGAGGAACUCAUCAAUGCCACGAGCGCAAUCAAGAGCAAGCUCAUGGCCAAGGCUCCAAUGAUACACAAGAUCGAUCAAGUCACCGGUGUCAGCUCGAAAGUGGCCGAUCAGAUCAAUGGGUACUUUGCACAUAUGAAGAAACCUAAAUCUUCCCUGAGGACGCUUGACAGGACUUUGUCAGAAGAUGGGACCAGAGCCAAGCGCACAAGGAACCAAGGCGGAGGGCAGACAGAUGCAACUUCAGCUGGUCGAACGUUAUCCGAGGAUAUGGGGAGAGACCGAGGCGGCGGUGUCGCUGCGACGGCAGGAGAGCAUACGACGCAAUCCUCUGGCGGAGGACAACAGACGACCGAAUCAUUGACUGAAGGCCAAAAACGUCUUCUUGCAGCUAAAAAAGCGGAGCUGAACGAUCGGUGGUUGCAAGCUCCCACUGUAGCGGGGUCCGCUGCUGGGUCGGCCAUUCAAUCGAGGAUUACCGACUUGCAUUCCAAAGGGGACAAGGAUGGUCUCAGAGGAUUCAUCAAGAGUCUUCAGGGUGCCAAUCGAAACUACGGAAUCCAGGUGGCUAAAGGUCUGAACGAGAGAGAUCCGAUCGACAAGCGAUCAACGUCAAACGCGUCGGCGUCUCAGACGCAAGGACGAAGCUCUGGUCCAGCGACUACAAUGACGAAUCAAGCAUCGACCACCAAUGCUCCAUUGACACAGACGGAGAUUUCCAGGCGGAUGAAAGAGACGGCCGAUCAAUGGGUCAAAUCGCGUCGAGGCAAACCUCAAGGCACGCCAUGGACAACAGAAGAACAAGAAACGUUCAAAAGGGAAGUAUUGCCUAGUCUCCUCACCGGCAUGUCUCAAGCUGUCGAGACGGAAUUGAGAGCCCAAGCCUGGCAAAAGGCCGCUGAUGGAAUCGCCAAGGUUCUUCAGAAAGAUGAUGGUACCCGAGGGUUGGAGACCAUCGAUACGUCUGGAAAAUACACAAUGACCACCUACACGCCGGCCAAGGUCACGCGAGAGGGCUUGACCAGUUUGGUAUCUGAUAUACCACCAGAUUUCUUAGGGCUAUCGACGACUGGUGAUUCCAGUUCAAGAAACGAGGGGUCCUCGCCGGCGUCAGACAAGCCGUCAUCCAUGCUGAGCAGAUUGUCGUCGUAUCUACCUGCCAGUGUGCAGAGGUCGGUCGGAGGAACGGCAUAGGAAGCAGUCGUUGAUGUCAGGUAGAUUCAGCUGCUUAGAGUGAAUUACAUAGCUCGUCCCCUCGCAUGCCGGCUGCUUGCAAGGAUG